AUGUCGUCAAGAUAUUCUCUACGCCAAACUCCCAGGAAGAAGGAACUCUUCGAGGGCAUGGUAGAAACCCCUAUUCGUCGUUCACGUUCAGCACGCCGCCAGACUUCUCAACCUCUUUCAGACGUCGAAACCGACUCUGCUGCUGAGGUAGUUCCCCAACCUACACGUCGACGAACCGCCAGAUUCAAAGAGGAGCUUGACGAGGAGACAGACUCUGACAACAUGGGAGCUGUUAACAGGGCUGCCAACGGCAAGACCAACGGUCAUGUCAAUGGCAAUGGGAAUGGGAAUGGUUACACCAAUGGCCACGCCAACGGCAAUGGAGACGUGGCCAAUGGCCAUGCUACAUCCGACGGUACGGCCCCCACCCAGACUGUCAUGGAGAAGACUGAGGGCGUUUCCCACGACCCGCACGUCGUUGAUGGCUGGAGACCUGGCCAGGACCCCAAGGUCGACUACUCGGGCGAGGUCGAGUUUGGUGGCUCCUUUGGUACUGCUGCUAUGAUGACCCUCUUCCCCGUCCUCAUGUGGUACAUGUGGAUUGGUGCUACCUACUACGAUGGAAAAUUCCCUUACCGAACAGAGGGUCAGUCUUGGAGCGAAUUUGGCGCCCAUCUCGUCAACCUUGUCUACACCGGUGCAUUCCCCCGUCUCCAGGUCUGGGCCUGGUACUGGUCUUAUCUCAUCGUUGAAGGUGCUUUCUACUGCCUCCUUCCUGGUGUUUGGGGCUACGGUAAGCCUCUUCCUCACGAGGGCGGCAAGCAGCUUCCCUACUACUGCAACGCCUACUGGAGUCUCUACACCACCCUUGCCUGCCUUGCUGGUCUCCAUUUCUCAGGCAUCUGGCCUCUGUACACUGCCGUUGAUGAGUUCGGUCCUCUUCUGUCUGUUGCCAUUCUGAGCGGCUUCCUCGUUAGCAUUGUCGCCUACUUCUCUGCUCUCUGGCGUGGCAAGCAGCACCGCAUGACUGGCUACCCCAUCUACGAUUUCUUUAUGGGUGCGGAGCUGAACCCCCGUAUGUUUGGCAUCCUCGACUUCAAGAUGUUCUUCGAGGUUCGCAUGCCUUGGUACAUUCUCCUUAUCCUCAGUCUCGGUACCGCCGCUCGCCAACAUGAGCAGUAUGGCUACGUCUCUGGCGAGGUCUGGUUCCUCGUCAUGGCUCACUUCCUCUACGCCAACGCCUGCGCCAAGGGCGAGGAGCUCAUCAUCACUACUUGGGAUAUGUACUACGAGAAGUGGGGUUUCAUGCUCAUCUUCUGGAACCUGGCUGGUGUCCCUCUUUCUUACUGUCAUUGCACCAUUUACCUGGCCAACCACCACCCUGAUGUUUACCGCUGGAACCGUGGUAUCCUGGCCGCUAUGUUCGUUGGCUACCUCUUCUGGUACUGGGUGUGGGACAGCUGCAACAGCCAAAAGAACCGUUUUCGUGCCAUGGAGAAGGGCAAGUUGGUUCUGCGCAACACCUUCCCUCAGGUCCCUUGGCAAACCAUCCACAACCCCAAGACCAUCGUUUCUCCCCAAGGAACCAUCCUUGUUGACGGCUGGUACGGCCUUGCUCGCAAGAUCCACUACACUGCCGAUGUGUGGUUUGCCGUUUCUUGGGGUCUGAUUACCGGAUUUGAGAGCCCCUUCCCCUGGUUCUACCCGGUCUUCUUCUGCUGCAUGAUCGCCCAUCGAGCCGCCCGUGACAUCCACCGCUGCCGUCGCAAGUACGGUGACGCCUGGCUCGAGUAUGAGCGACGCGUCCCUUAUCUAUUUAUUCCUUACGUCAUCUAA